AUGUCGAUGAACGCCGAUUUAAAAGCUUUUGAUUUUGUUACGCCAGUUAUAAUAUUGGCAGGAUCGACUGGAAAUCUCAUCGUCUGCUGCCUGAUUAUCACAAACAAAAAACUGAGGACUUCAUUCAACUAUCUUCUCCUCAAUUUAGCCAUAUCUGACUUGUCAUGCUUACUGUUUGUGGCUCUCUUCUACGCGGGGAAAAUUCGAAAUCUUUAUUUCAGUGACGGAGAUCGUACACAAUCUGACUUCGAGGGCAUUGCUUGCAAGGUAACUGUUGUAAGCAUUGAUUUAACCACGAAAAUUUCUGUUCUUACUCUAGCUGCUAUCUCAACGGACAGAUUUUAUGCAAUAGUUCAUCCUUGGAAGCACAGAGGAGCUUCAAUAAAGACGAAAAUACGAAUCGUCCUUCUACUUAUUUGGUUGGUAGCUGUGGUAUGUUGUCUUCCAAUGGUGUUUAUUAUGGCAAAAAUUCCGAACAGAUUUGAAGGAAAAUCGAUUGCGCCGCUUUGCUUUAAGUUUCUUGUGGAUACAGACAGUUUUAAAGUUAUUGCUUUUAUUGAUCUCAUAGCUUCUUACGUUAUACCAAUGGCGAUUAUUCUGCGAACUUCACUGGAAGUCAUCAAACAUCUGUGGUGCCGUUGCUGGCGCCCGGUGCAUCGCGAAGAAGGACAAAUAUUGACUAAAUCGCGGAAACGUAUUACGAAAGUCGUCUUUAGUGUUAUCGUUGCUUUUAACAUAUUUUGGUUACCAUGGGCGGUUCUCCAAGGUUCUCUUUUAAUCGGUGCCGUUCACGAAAUUAACGACAGAAUGUUUCUUAUCAUGUUUAGUUUGGUAUUAAUCAGCGCUAGUGUUAAUCCUAUUCUAUAUUCGAUUCAGAGUCGAUUGUUUCGUAAAGGGGUCGGAAAAAUGAUCCGCUGUAAAUCAGUUUGA